GGAUCGAUCAUUUGAUCACCAUGAGCUUCUCCCAACUCGCGCGCUCUCUCUCGGGAUCCUCUAAUCCUCGAUCCCAAAACGGUAAGCGUAUGUAUACGUCGGGGUUUCUCACAAGCAAUUUGGCCUCCGUAGGAGCAAUUAACACUUAUUCCGAGGGCGAUGCGAGAAGAUUCAAGUACAGACGAUCAAGCAAGUUUCCGGGGGAACGCGAUGAGGCUGUUACAUAAAGUCCUUUUUGUGCUCACAUUAAUCCGCCUUUGUGGUUUGCUUUUUGAUCUAUUCUCGGCAACUCAGGAGAUUAGUUUUCAAGAGUUCAAGAAUAAGCUGUUGGAACCUGGUUUAGUUGAUCGCAUCGUUGUUUCCGAUAAAUCAGUUGCAAAAGUUUAUAUCAAGAGUUCACCACAGGCGGCGAGUCAAACCCAAAAUAAUGAUACUACAAGUGACUCGAGAACUGUUCCUACUAGACCAGCACCUAGUAAAUUGAAGUUCCAUUUUAACAUCAGAAAUCCCGAAUCUUUCGAGGAAAGGUUGGAGAGAGCCCAAGAAGCUUUGCGAAUUGAUCCGCAUGAUUAUGUCCCUGUUAUUUAUCCAUCUGAGAAAACUUCGUAUCAACUACUGAACAGCUUUGUCCGAGCUGCUAUCGUUGGACUUCUUAUAUUCGACCUUAUAUUAAACCGAAUGCAACUGCUGGAUAUUGAUGUGACUGAAUGGGGAAUUUUCAGUACAUUUAACAAUAUAAUAAUGGCCGAUGUGACAAAGAUGGAUAAGAACUUCAAAAAUAAGGUAUAUUUUAACGACAUAGCUGGGUGCGAUGAAGCAAAACAAGAAAUCAUGGAAUUUGUACAUUUCCUUAAGAAUCCACGGAAAUACGAUGAGUUGGGGGCCAAAAUUCCGAAAGGUGCUCUUCUCUCGGGACCCCCUGGCACGGGAAAGACGCUCCUUGCGAAAGCCACUGCGGCAGAGUCUGGGGUACCCUUUUUAUCCAUAUCCGGGUCAGACUUUGUGCAAGUGUAUGUGGGUGUCGGCGCUUCCCGAGUAAGGAAAUUAUUUAAAAAAGCUAGAAAAUGCGCACCCAGUAUUAUUUUCAUUGAUGAAAUUGAUGCGAUUGGUCGUGCGAGGAAUCAUGGAAAUUCUGCUUGGGUGAAUGAUGAACGUGAAAGCACUCUAAAUCAGCUCCUUGUAGAGAUGGAUGGGUUUUGUACAACUACAGGGGUCGUUGUUCUUGCCGGCACAAAUAGACCCGAUAUCUUGGAUAAGGCUUUGUUAAGGCCUGGUCGAUUCAAUCGUAUGAUAGUGGUUGAUAAGCCGGAUGUAAAAGGCCGUGAACAGAUAUUCGGCAUUUAUCUGAAGAAGAUUAAGCUGGAUCUUGACCCCUCCUUUUAUUCUCAAAGAUUAGCCGUCCUUACGCCAGGAUUUGCUGGAGCUGAUAUUGCCAAUAUGUGCAACGAAGCAGCUUUGAUUGCCGCAAGAAGUGAUGAAACUUCGGUCACAAUGCGGCAUUUCGAGGCUGCUAUUGAUAGGGUUAUUGGUGGCUUGGAGAAGAAAAAUAAGGUUAUUAGCAAGUUAGAGCGACGCACUGUUGCCUACCAUGAAUCAGGCCAUGCCGUCGUGGGAUGGUUUUUGGAGCAUGCAGACCCCCUUCUCAAAGUUACAAUUAUUCCUCGUGGAACGGCAGCUCUGGGCUUUGCUCAGUAUGUUCCCAACGAGAAUCUUCUGCUUACUGAAGAGCAACUCUUCGACAGGACUUGUAUGACUUUAGGUGGCCGUGCGGCUGAAGAGAUUUUACUAGGGAAGAUAUCGACCGGUGCCCAGGACGACUUAGAGAAAGUGACCAAGAUGGCUUAUUCCCAGGUCGCCGUCUACGGCUUCAGCAACAAAGUCGGACUCCUUUCUUUCCCGCAGAGAGAAGAUUAUGAGCCGACCAAACCCUAUAGCAACAAAACCGCGGCCCUAAUAGACAGUGAGGUCAGAAUAUUUGUCGGUCGUGCAUACGAGAGAACAAUUCAACUUGUUGAGGAGCACAAGGAUCAUAUCGCCCAAGUCGCGGAACUAUUGCUCGAGAAGGAAGUAAUCCAUCAAGAGGACCUCCUCCGUAUACUCGGUGAGCGGCCAUUCCGGAGUGAACCGACAAAUGACAAUCGGUUCAAGCUAGAGUUUCAAGAAGAGAAACCAAGUGAAGAGUUAUCAUCAUCCCCCGCUUAACUGGGGCCAUCUUUUUUUUUCUUGUAUUUUAUGAUACGUGAAUGCACUCUAAACAAUUGAUACAAUUUGAUUACUUUUCUCUUCUUCUUUUUUUUUGAAAUAGUCAGAAUUUAUUAUCA